AUCACGCAGGUGACGCAGACCUUAGCAACCGGCGCGCAGGUCGGCUCCGCCCGUCCCGGCCAUGGCUUCUGUUCCCGCCCGCAGGACCAUGGAGGUGGCCCUGAAGGAAAGGCCCCCGCCCUGGCUCAGAGAACCCUUGCGCCGCCGCCCCGACUUCCCUGGCCGAAUCUCGCCGCUAUUCCUGCUGCUGCUGCUGCUCGUCUUCCCGGAGCUGCUCAGCGCUCAAAGUGUUCCAACAAUGACUGUGGAAAUUGAGUUAUCAGAUAAUCACACCAAACUUAAUGUUUCUAAUACCAGUGCCCCAGCCCUUGUGCCCAGUACAGAAAAAAAUGAAGUGACCACACCUGUGGUCUCACCAUCACCUACUACCAUGCCCCAAAUGGAAGCUGAUGCUACUGAAGAUAGUAGAAUAGAGGAAGAAGAACUUCUUACUCUUAAUAGUUCUCCAUCUGUAUCCAAGGGUGUUUUGGACAAUGGGGAUUAUGGAGAACCAGACUAUGACUGGACUCCCAAUACUAGAGAUGAUACUGAUGAGCAAAUGCAGGGAAAUACAGGAUAUGCAGGAUUUGAACAGACUGUUAAUCUGAACAAUUUCCAUGAGACAAAAUCCUUUAAGUCUCCAUCAUCAAAUAUAGAAGAGGAAGACAGUCAUUUCUUUUUUCAUCUCAUUAUUUUUGCUCUUUUGAUUGCCAUUGUUUAUAUCACAUAUCACAACAAAAGAAAGAUCUUCCUAAUGGUUCAGAGCAGAAAAUGGCGUGAUGGUCUUUGCUCCAAAACUGUGGAAUAUCAUCGACUAGAUCAGAAUGUUAAUGAGGGCCAGACCAAGUGCCUACUUGAGAAGGUUGACAAAGAAGACCUAAGGAAAAAACAGCUGAAAGUGAAGCAGAUACUGAGGAAGUGUUGAAAAUCACUGGGCAGUGGUGCUGAGAGGCAUGGUGUAUCAACAGUGCAAAUAAAAUUCUAGUUUUGUUAUAA